UUUAAUGUAACAUAUAAAGUAUUUGCACCUUAGUUUACAAGUAACAAGAAAAUACGCUUCUAAGGCAGAGGAAGUCCUGAACAUUACAAUACUCAGCAAAACAUCUCAACAUCAAACUUCCAAUAAGAAGAGUGCCAACAUAAACCAGCACCAUGGCGUGGCAUUUGUUAGAAAAGAUGAUAGAGCACUCUGCUGCUCAUUCCACACUCCUUGGGAAAUGGUGGAUCUCAUUUAUGUUCGUGUUCAGGAUCAUAGUUGUUGCAAGUAUCGGAGACACAGUGUACAGCGAUGAACAGGACGAGUUUACCUGCAAUACUAAGCAACCGGGUUGUAAGCAAGUGUGUUACAAUAUGUUUGCGCCGAUAUCGCACAUUCGAUUCUGGGCAUUUCAGAUAUUGGCGACUGGGACACCAAGUGUGAUAUUCAUCAUAUUCGCAAUGCACAAACUUGCACAAGUUCCUAAAGCGCCAGAGGGAGACGACAAAAACAAAGAAACUGGUAGUCAAACUGCUUGGAGAUAUGCUAUUAAGAAAAAAGAGAAAGAACGAGAGAAGAGUAAAGAUGAUAAAAAAUCAAGCGAAAAAAAGAAAAAAGAGAACAUCUAUGUCGAUACCAAUGGUGUUCCGAAAAAGGGCAGUGUAAGAUCUAGUGAGAUUGCGUUGUUGCAUUCAAGAGAAGUGUGGCAUGAUAAUACUUCGUCUAUAUUUCCAGAAGAAGUUGAAAAGAUCUCCCGCGAAACCAAGAUGCGUCGAACUAAACGAAUGGUCGUGCGCACUUAUCUAUGCAACGUCAUAUUUAGGACAAUAAUUGAAGGAGGAUGUCUAUUUCUCCAGUACUAUCUCUACCAGUGGUCGGUUCCCGAGUUCUACGAAUGCAUUCGUUACCCUUGUCCAAAAAUUGUCGAAUGUUACAUCUCUCGUCCAAUGGAGAAAACCAUAUUUCUACACUUCAUGUUUGCGGUGGCCGUAGUAUGUAUUUUCCUCAACAUUUUGGAGCUGAAAUUCCUUGGAUACAAGAAAAUAAAACGAGUUUUUACACCUGUACAUGAAAAGUUUAUUCCGCCAUCUGUCAUCGAAGGUACCUACCCUGUUCAUAGCCACAAUGGCAUUAACCACCGAGGAUUACACAACCGCGAGAGGGUGAUAGAGCGCAAUCCAAAACAUGCACCGCCUGGUUACUACAUUCCGGAUGUUAACCCUCCUGAGGAAAGAUACCGCUCUCCCGCUUCCGGAUUUCCACCAAUCAGAGUGGGCGCAGCGAGCUUCAAUACGUCAGAAACGGGUCUCACUUCGGACACAGAUUCAAUGAGCUCAGACCCCAGUUUAUACCGACAUGCUCAUUAAGAUAUCACGAUGACACAAAAGGCCAGCAAUAGAUUAUCGAAAAUUAGCAACAAACUGUCUCGCUAGAAAUAAAAGUCAAUUAUGUGUACCAGGUUAGGGUCAGGACCUUUUUUACGAUUUGCCUUAUUUUAUUUUAGUUCUAUUACGAGUCGGAGACUGUCUGUGUUAGCCAAGUGAAUAUACCCCCUGCCCAUAGGUUUCAGCCCCUUUACACAACUUGAUGUAAAAUGAGCGAACAAAAUUGGUUACCUCCAUAUUGGUACACAUAGUUUUGGAUCGCAACUGAAGACAUAGCAGUAUAUUAUAUUAUAAAGGUCCUCUUCAAAUAUUGGACACUGAGAAUUAUUUUUAUGCAAGUUUCUUGAAAAGAGAUUUUAUCAUCCCUCCGACGAAAGCGGAAGGAGUACUGGCAGACUAAUUGCCAUAAACAGCUCAUGUGCUUGUAGUCAUAAUAUAAAUAUGCAUUUGUAAGGCAUAGUGUAUAUUUUAUGUAAAUAUUUGUACCUUUUUGCGCUAGCGAAAACUGCCUUUUUAUUGUUUGAAUUAUUUAGCUUAUUCCAUUAGUACAAAUGUACCAUAUCGUAUUUUUAUGUGCAGCCUUGAUUUCUGGUUCUGUUUUCAGUAGGCUACAAUGUGCCAUAUAUAUUGUUCUAAUUUACUUUGUGACAAACCAUGCAAAGAAUAUGUCCGAUUAUUAAAGCGUGUAUAGAACGUAGAAUUCAAUCUUAAAAUUUGCUCCAUAGAUAUGGACUUUUUGUCCAAACAUUCACAACCACAAGAUUGAUCGCCAGAAAAACAGAAAAUUUGUCAAACACCCAUUCAUUUAACGAAGAAUAUCUUUUACAAAGUUUUUUAAAGGCAUAUGUUGUAUUGCACAGAAUAUUACAGAAAUCAAAUAAAACUCAAGGUAUCAACCUAAAACAACCUAGGACUUAAAAGAAAUAAAAACGUAUCGAAAAAGAAAGCGCGCAUUUUAUUCGUGAUCUCAUCUGAUCUUCAAAUGUUCUGAUUUUCUAGCAACCACUCUGUAUUUAUGGUUUGAAAUAAAGCGAAGCAUUUGACUAUUUCAUAUAUUGAUAUAUUUAUAACAGCAAAAAACAUCGCUUUAUUUCAAUCCAGUCUUUAGAACGGUCGUGAAACGAUCCAUGUUUAUAAAUAGGUCAUCACUAAUAAAAGAUCUUGUAUAGUGCCUUUUCUAUCGUUCAUAUUAAUUUUUUUUUUUGCGUUUUUCGUUAUAUAUUUCCAAAACGGGAAUUCAAUAGCCAUAACUAUAUUAAAGCUAAAUAAUUAUCUUAUUUGCCUAACUUGCUAUAUACACUUGAUUUGCUUUCAUUAUUUUUCUUGCAAUGACAUUUUGCAAACAAAAUGAAUUCUCAGCAACCUGCUAUUUUUAUGCUACUAAUAGCCAAAUAUACUUCUGUGCUGCAUUUAUAUUUUUUUUAAUUUAAAAUGCGAUUUUUCGUUGUGAAAUAAUUGUAUCAACUUAUUUGGGUUUGCGACUGACUGAAUUAAUUUGCCAUGGUUAAUACUUACUGUAUUGUCGGCAACCGUCUAUUUUUAUAAAACUCGUAUUUUAUUUAAAAGUAAGACUUUUUCUGUUGUGACAUAAAAGUAUCAAUUCAUUAGUGGAAUCCUAUUAACUUUUGAAGCAAUUUUUAAAAUUCAACUUUUUAUAGAGCUAGAAUGACUCACGCAUAUGUUUGAGUAUUUUUUUCAGUCACUUUGUUCGCUAAAUUUUAUACUUUUAAAAACUAUACAAAAAAACCAGAUGGAAAUUAUUAAUGCUUAUCAAAUUAGUGUCAAGUUUGUUUUAUUCCCAUAAAUAAGCCUUUUAAUGAUUUUUUGCCAAUGAUAGCUAUUUGUAACUACCGUGUAAGUUGGUCAGCUUUGCAACUUUUGCCAAAGAUUGUGUUUACAUAUUAUUAUGUUUUUUUGUAAUAUUUUUCCUGAAUAAAAUAUAUUUGCUGCUUGUCAUAUCAUGAA